AUGGAUUCAUCAACCACUACAAGUUCUCCUGAAUCCAUUUAUGACUUUCUUCAAAAGAUUUUCGGGCAGGAUGCAGAAUUGGCCGUAUUAUUUGAACCACUUAACCCUGCAAAACCAAAAAAUCCAAAUGAUCCAAGAGAUCCUAUAGAUAUCACUUUGGAUCUAGUUCGAAAUUAUAUUGAAGCCAUGCCAUUACCAAUUCCAAGCCGCUUAGAUCAAUUUUCCAAGAAAAUCACCCCAAUCAUGGACGAUAACAAAAUAGAAAAUAUUUAA